UCCCGCCCAGCCUCCCGGUGUCCUGGUCAACCUUUCACCUACUUUCCCUCUCACACACACUGACAGCCGGCGUUUGUGUUGACGGAGGCGACGCUCGUGGGGAAGAGGAACCCGUUGUCACGAUAUCAGAGAGUUGGUGGCCCUUUUAUAUUUGGAGACAUCGUGCUUGAAGGAAACCAUUCAGAAAUGUGGAUGAGUAAAUUUGCACGUCUGGCCCUGCCUGCUCUUCAGAGGAGCACGUCUGCCAUGGCCUGCCAGGCUCUGAGGGCCUGUCGUGGACCAGGGCGGGCUGCAGGUCCACUUCCCUCUUGUCUGACUUCAGUGCAGCUUCGUGGGCAGCACACACUGGGGUCUGCCUCCGUCCCUUUGGCCGGGCACUCAGUGAGGCACGUCCGGGCUCUGGAUGAAGAGAGGAUGAUGGAGGUGGAGUGGGAGGAUGGAGGCCACAGCCUGUACCCAUUCACUUGGCUGAGAGAUAACUGCCAGUGUCCACUGUGUACUUUGGAAUCGGCUCAGGCCCGGAAACUGUUGAUGUCCAAUCUUGAUAUCUACACAGGGGUUGACGUUGUGGAGGUCACCAAUGAUAACAAGGUGUCCGUUGUUUGGCCCGACCAGCACACCAGUGUGUUUGACGCAGAGUGGCUCAAGAAACGCUGCUUCUCUCCUGCUGCCAGACAAGCCAUUCAAGAAGAGCUUUUCCUCAACGAGCGUUAUUACUGGGACUCCAAACUGCACAUUCCCACGGCUGACUACCAGGAAGUCCUCCAUGACGAUAAGGCGGCGCUGGCCUGGCUCUUGGCCCUGCGUCGGGUUGGCAUCGUCUACCUGAAGGGGGCUCCGGCAGAGCAAGGCCAAGUGGCAAGACUUGCUGAGAGGAUUGGCUAUCUCAGGCUGACAUUCUACGGGCACACAUGGCAGGUCCAGGAUAAAUACAUGGCAAACAAUGUGGCCUACACUUCAGGAAGGCUCAGUCUCCAUACAGACUACCCUGCAUUGCACUUUGCACCUGGAGUGCAGUUUCUGCACUGCAUCAACCAGGCCGAGGAGGGAGGGGAGAGCGAGGUGGUGGACGGCUUCCACAUGGCCGAGCUGCUGCAGAGAGAAGACCCAGAGGCCUUCAGGGUGCUCACCUCGCUCCAUGUGGACUUCACCGACACGGGGACGGACUACUGUGACUUCAUGCUGCAGUCCAAGAAGUGCAUCAUCGACGUUAAUCCCGAGGGUCGAGUUCUGAGGAUAAACUACAACAACGCCACCAGAGAUUCGGUGCUGGACGUCCCCCUGCAUCAGGUGCAGCCCUUCUACAGAGCACUGAGGGCCUAUGUGGACAUCAUGAACCGACCAGAGAACGUGGUCACUUACAUAAUGAACCCAGGCGACAUUGUGACCUUUGAUAACUGGCGCCUGCUGCACGGACGGAGGCCGUACAUCAGCAGUCCUGACAGGUUGCGACACCUUGAGGGAGCCUAUCUGGACUGGGAUGAAGUCAUGUCUCGCCUCCGGAUACUGCGCAGCUCGGUCCAGGGGAACAUUUGAGCUCCACGGCCAAAUUUAAAAAGCUGGAAUGAAAACAGUGCUGGGUGGCUUGAGACUGUGAGCUCAGCUAAAUGUUGCUCUUAAAGCGCUGAGGGCGAAGUGCAAAGAUACUGAUGUGUCUGACAACAGGUCGAGAGCUCAGUCUCUGACUCUGAAGGAGUCAGGCAUGAAAUCAUGAAUUAAGCAACAAUAAUUUACUUUCCAAUAUCUGCAAACUUUAAAUGAUGAGAGAAACUUCUCAAACAUGUAACUUAAAGCAACGCUUCAAUGCAAUGAUUAUUAUUAUUUACGACACCUUGUUUUUAAAUUAAAAAGGUGGUUUGUAUUCAGUCAUAGUGACAAAUUUUAUAAGCUUAAAUUUAAUGAAAUGGGUUUUAUACAUUUCUGAAAAUGCCACAUUGUGUUUAUAUUAUGUAAUGUAUGAGUUUUUAAAGCUGGUUCAUUAUUCUCAGUUCUCGACCUGGCUGCUCGAGAUGACUCCCUGUUGACUAACAGCUAUAAUCACAUCUGACAUUUGGUUUGAUGAUGAUAUCUGAUGGCAUUAGAGCUCACUGCAGUGUAUAGUAAAGUGCUGAGUGUGUGUAUAUAGGGAGCAGUGAACGUGGGAGUGAUUUCACACAGAGCCCUCAUGUCAAAGUUUCUCCUACUACAGUACUGUGCUACCUCUGCUGUUCAACCCUGUGCCUCCUGCCUACACAGUGUGGUGUCCUUGACUCUUCCUUCAUUCUGUAGAAUUCUGUUCGCAGUCUGAAUUAAAAAUGGCCUUAAAGCUGCAGUGCAGUAGCUGCGCUAGAACAAGUGUGAAGUAUCUGUUAAUUUAAAGGGUCAGUUGAACCGAAUUACAAAGACGCGUCUGCUUCUCUGCUUAACACAAAGUUUGGGAUUCAGUCGCUGCCCACUGAAAACCAGAUCAACUGAGGGAGCCCAUUGAACCAGCUACAGUCCACACUGAGGGAAAAGACUUUAAGUUGUGUUGAUGUUUAUCAGAGCUACUCUUGGUAUUAGGUCCACACACACUGAGGAUGUUUCCAUGCACUAAAUAUUCAGUUUUUUGCCCUAAUUCUCAAAGUGAAAGUAUUCUUCUAUGCUGUUAACAUGGUGAAUAACAAUGAAUAUUCCACUAACGUUCUUGUUAGCCGUGCACACUCUGAUUAACGAGCCCUAUCAUGACGUUUGUUGCGUCAAAAUAUUAAAAAGUGGAACACAGACACACUUGCAAACCGUUGGUUAUUUAGUGUAUAACGUAUCCAUGACAACGCACAGAGCCUACUGUAAACAGGAAAGAGGCCGCAAACUGCUGUAAAUCCCCAAGUGUGCCGUGAACAUGCCCAAAGAAGGCUCCUAAAACUGGCAUAUCCCAUGUCUGAAUUUGGAAUAUCUGAAUUUAUAAUGCUGUUUACAUGACCUGUAUCAAUUUUGGAAUAUUAUCAUAUUCGGACUUAUAGUGGAAAAUUAAUGUGCAUGUAAACACACUCACUGUGGCAGAAAAAGACAUUUUCACUUCCUGUGGUCGAUUUCUGAAAAAUAUCUGUCUAAAACACAAAGGUAGGCAAAUUACCUACAGACGAUUAAUGUCAGGAAUGACCCCUCAAACUAGGCUUCAUUUAAACUUACCCACAGCUGGUGCGUCUCAGUGCUGAGUCAUGCUGCCUGGGUCCAAAUGUUUGCAUCCGCCUGCUACACUGAGCUGAGUCAUUAGUUUGGUACCAUGACGAUCCAAUGGACUGCGCGGGGGACUAACGCCAUCAAGCAGUGAGACGGGACGCAUCAGUUUGGACUUAACUCUUUGAAACCUGAGCACACUGGCUUGAUUUCAUUCAAAAACACCGAAAGAAGGCAACAAGCAACCAAAGAAGAAAUGAACCAAUAAAAUAGCAA